CGCUGCGAUUCCCGGAACCUGGAAAAAGAGGUCUCGGGAGGUUUCUGUGACGCCUGCCUAUCUCUCCUUUAAGAACCAGCGAAGCCCCGCCCCCUGCAGAACCCGGAACUCCAUUUCUCAGAGCUCUCCGUACUUCACCGAGCCUUUAUCCUCUGGCAGGAAUUACCUACGGCCUGCGUCUGCGCAGUAGCGGCGCGGAAACUACAUUACCCAGAAGGCCGUGCGGCCGCAGCGGCGGGGACAGCCCCCCUCCCAAGGUGUUCACGCGUGCGCUUCGGGCGGGGGCGUGAUUUCCGACGACGUCCCUGUAGUGUCGGGUUCUACUGUUGUUCUUGGGACCUUUUCUGGUUUAAUGCGACCAGAGUCGUGACUGAAGUACACGGAAAGCGCGGGGAGAGGCGUUGUCCCCGUCGCGGAGGCCGCUGCGAGGCUCUCCUGUCUCCGCCCGGUCGCCCGCCGCUCCCCGCCCCACUCUUCCCGCCGGUCGUUGGUGGAGGACGCGCCGAUGAAGCCGGCUCCGGUUCCCAUGGCGUUUGCAGAAAUGCUUAUGGACCCUGUACGGGUGAAUGGAGGAUGUGACAGACCUUCACGCACCCCAGUUGUCACCCUGAUGGUUUUGCUACUCCCAUAGAAAGAAUGGUGGUAUCCUGAGAUUGUUCACCUGGACUUCUUCCUCCCUUGGGCCUAAAAUCCCUGUGGUUUCACCAAAGCUCAGGGUUUUGAACUGAGCCCUGGAUCCUAUGGAGUGUUGCCCAUUUCUGGCAGCUGAUGGGGGGCUUGUGGUUUUUACGGAUGUGGCCAUACACUUCUCCCGGGAGGAGUGGGGGCUCCUUGACGAGGCUCAGAGAAGCCUGUACCACAGUGUGAUGCUGGAGACCUUGGCACUUUUGUCAUCGUUAGGUUGCUGGCACGGAGCCCAGGACGAGGCGGCCCCUUUGAAGCAAGGUGAUUCUGUAGGAGGGUCACAGGUCAGGACUCCAACCCAGAAGUCCCAGCCUUGGGAGCGGUGUAGCAUGCUCUGGAAGGACUUUUUGCGCUGGGCUGAGCGUGAUGGAACACGCCCUGAGCGAGGCCCGCAAACUUGUGGGGGAAAGCAUUUGCAGCACCAAAAGCAACAAAUUAGAGAGAAACUUUCCAGAAGCGGUGAGGGGAGGCGUCCGUUUGUGAAGAACUGCAGAGGUCACGUGACAGAGACAGGCUUUAUACGCAGGGAUAGUGGGAACGCCAUCCCAGCCAGCUCAGGCCUUCUCCAGCCACAGGUUCCUCAUGUUAUACGAAAGCCAUACUGGGACACAGGAGGUGGAGAGGCCUUUCUGAAUGAGCAGAAUUAUUGUAAGUGCACCCCGUGUGGGAAAACCUUUAGCCAUAAACAUAUAUUUGUGGACCGUGAGAAAAGCCCCAGAAGAGGAAAGCUUUAUGAGUACCGGGAGUUUGGGAGGGCCUUCCUCCGAAAGUCCCACCCCUGUCAGCACCUGAAAGGCUAUGACGAAGAUCGGCUUUAUGAGAACCCGGAAUGUGGAAGAUUCUUCACACAGAUAACCGGCCUCGGUGACCAUCAGAGUAUUCACAGCAAUCGGAGGCCUUUUGAGUGCAACCAAUGUGGGAAGGGUUUCCUUAGACUUUCCCAACUUGUUGGUCACCAGAAAAUCCACACGGGAGAAAGACCUUAUGGUUGUAGUGAAUGUGGAAAAUUUUUUAGGAAUCGCUCCACGCUCGUUAGACACCAGAGAGUUCACACUGGUGAAAGGCCACAUGAGUGCAGUGAAUGUGGGAAAGCUUUCACCCGCAAGCAUAAACUUGCUGAGCACCAGAAAAUCCACAGCGGCGAAAAGCCUUAUGAGUGCAGUGAAUGCGGGAAAGCCUUCAGCCGCAAAGACAAAGUCCUUGAACACCAGAAAAUCCACACUGGAGAGAGGCCUUAUAAGUGCGGUGAGUGUGGAAAAGCCUUCAGCCGCAAACAUAAACUUGCCGAACACCAGAAAAUCCACACUGGAGUGAGGGCUUUUGAGUGGAGAGAAUGUGGGAAAUUCUUUAUGGACAGCUCCUCAUUUCAUCAGAGAGUUCACACUGGAGAAAGGCCUUAUGAGUGCCACCAAUGUGGGAAAUUCUUUAGGUACUGCUUCACACUCAUUCGACACUAGAGAAUGCACACUGGAGAAAGGCCUGAUGAGUGCAGCAACGGAGGAAGGCCUUCAGUUGCAGCUCCACUCUCACUGGAUGUCAGGCAGAUCACAAUGGAGAAAGGCCUUCUUACUGUAGCAGGUGUGGGAAGUUUCUGUGCUACGACUCCAGUCUCACUGCACAACAGAGAGUUCACACGGAUUUGAGAGUCCUUACAAGAACUGCGAAUGUGGGGACAUCUUCACUCACAGCUCUGGCCUCGUUAAACACUGUCAAGUUUGCAGCAGCGGAAAAAUGCCUUAAGAGUGCGGUGGAUGUGGGAGAGUCUAGCGAUUUAUGUCAUUUUACACUAAUUUGCAUUUCUUUAAUUUUUCUAUAUACUUGGAAUCCUACAGACUACUUUUGCACAGCUGCUUUUCAUUCAAUUUUUGUAUAAAUGGACUCCUAAAGUGUAUCCUCGUACAGCUAAUUUGAGAUUUAUCCCUGUUGUGUCCAUUCCUUUUUAUCACUGAGUGGUCUUCCAUUGGCUGUGUUAUGACACAGUGUGUUUAUCUUGCUGACCUACUACCAGAAUGGAUGUUAUACAUAAAUACCUGAGAAGGGGGUGUCGCUCACAGCUGAAUGUUUAACUUUUAAGAAUUGGCCAAAUUGGUUUCCAGUGUAAAUGUGCCAUUUUAUACUCCCACCAGCUCUUUAUCAGUGUUCCAUUUGGAACACCUCUUUGUCAACAAUAGGUAUAGCCUGUCUUUUUUAAGUUAAAAUAAGUGUAUCAUAGUCUUACUUAACCUACAAUUCUAUAAUAAUUUGUGGUACUAUUUUUUAAAGAUUUUAUUUAUUUAUUUGACAGAGGUCACAAGCAGGCAGAGGCAGGCAGAGAGAGAGGGGGAAGCAGGCUCCCUGCUGAGCAGAGAGCCCGAUGUGGGGUUCGAUCCCAGAACCCUGAGAUCAUGACCUGAGCCAAAGGCAGAGGCUUAACCCACUGAGCCACCCAGGUGCCCCAUGUGAUACUAUUUUUUAUGUGCUUUAUUGCUCUUUUGGCAAAGUGUCCAAAUUUAUUGACUUCUUUAUUAUCUAAUUAUUUCAGUAGACAGUUAAUUUCAGACAAUUUUAGAUUUAAAGCAGAAUUACUAAGAUAGUACAGGAAGUUCUCAUUUACCCCAUACCCAGUUUUCCCGACCGUUAACAUGUUAUAUCGAUACAUUUUAUGCAAUUGAUAAAUGAAUAUUCAUACAUUAUUAGUAACAGGAGUCAUGCCUGAUUGAGAUUUACUUAGUUUUUACCAAAAUCCAUUUUCUGUUCCGGGGUUCCUUCUAGGAUAUCACAUUGCAUUUAGCCCCCAUGUCUUCUUAGGUUCCUCAUGGUUGUGACAGUUUCCUUGUUUUUAGUAACCUUGACAGUUUGGGGUUUUUUAAAGAUUUAUUUUACGGUGCCUGGGUGGCUCAGUUGGUUAAGCAUCUGCCUUUAGCUCAGGUCAUGAUUCCAGAGUCCUCAGAUCAAGUCCGGUAUCAGGCUCCCUGCUCAUUGGGAAACCUGCUUCUCACUCUACCCCUCCCCUCUGCUCAUGAUCUCUCUCCUGUUCUCUUUCUGUCUCAAAUAAAUAAGCAAAGUUAAAUUAAAGAAAAAAAGAAGGGACGCCUGAGUGGCUCAGUUGGUUAAGUGACUGCCUUUAGCUCAGGUCAUGAUCCUAGAGUCCCGGGAUUGAGUCCUGCAUUGGGCUCCAGGGGAGUCUGCUUCUCCCUCUGACCCUCUCCCCUCAUGCUUUCUCUCUCUCUCAAGUAAAUAAAUAAAAUCUUAAAAAAAAAAAAAAGAUAUAUUUUAGAGAGAGAGUGGGGGGAGGGGCAGCUAGAGAGAUAGAGAGAGCGUCCCAAACAGACUCCACACUUGAGUGUGAAGCCCAGCGGGGGCUCAGUCCUACAACCCUGAGAUGACCACCUGAGCAGAAAUCAGGAAUCACACGCUCAGCCUAUUGCGCCACCCAGGUGACAGUUUUUUAUUAAUGUGAUAAAAUAUAUAUAACAUAAAAUUUAUCCUUUUAGCCAUUUUUCAGUGUACAAUUUAAAUGAUCUUAAGUACAUUCACAAUAUUGUGUUACCAUCUCCACUAUUGCUAGAACUUUUCAUCAUUCCAAGGAGGAACUCUGCCCAUUAAACAAUCCCCAUUCCUCACCUCAUCUCCAGCCUUUGUAAUCUGUAUUAUACUUUCCACUUCCUUGAUUUUCUUACUCUAGGUGCAUCAUGUCAGUGAAAUCCUACAAUAUUUGUCCUUUUGUGUCUGGCUCAUUUAAGCACAUUUGCAAGGUUCAUUAAUGUAAUAAUAUACAUGAGACUUCCUUUCUAAGACUGAACAAUAUUUCAUUGCAUAUAUUUGCAACUUUUGAUUUUCCACUCAUCUGUUGAUAGACAUGAAUCGUUCCCCUCUUUUGGCCUCUUUUGGCGUUUGCCAGAAAUCCUCUGGCAGAAAUGCUCUGAGCAUUGAUGUGCAAAUAUCUCAGUCCCUACAUUCACUUUCAGGGAGGGUGGGUAUGUAAAGAGUUGGCAUUGUUCUGGGAAAUAAGGAUCAUAUGGUGAUUCAAAAUUUUCAGGAUCCAUUGAAGUGUUAGCACCAAAAUUUUAAGCUUAAAUAUUUUCUUAUGUCCAGUGUCCUUAUAUUAUUCUUGUUUUUCGUUUGCUCUGCUUCCCAAACUUUAGCUUCUAUCAGAAUCCCAUGAACACAGACUGCUGGGUUCCACCCCCAAAGGUUCUCAUUGAGUCAGAAGUAGGAGAAUUCACAUUUCUUUUCUUUUUUCUUUUUUUAGAUUUGAUUUAUUUGCCAAAGAGAGGGAGCACAAGCAUGGGGAGCAGCAGGCAGAGGGAGCAGCAGGCUCCCCCCACCAAGCAAGGACUCCAUCAUGACCUGAGCUAAAGCAGACACUUAAAUGACUGAGCCACCCAGGCGUCCCUGAGAAUUCACUUUUCUUUUUUUUUAAUAUUUUAUUUAUUUAUUUGACAGAGAGAGAGAUCACAAGUAGGCAGAGAGGGAGGCACGGGGCGGGGGGGGGGGGGUGCAGGCUACCCGCCAGGCAGAGAGCCUGAUGUAGGGCUCGAUCCCAGGACCCUGAGAUUGUGACCUGAGUCAAAGGCAGAGGCUUAACCCACCAAACUGAUGAAGUCCCAGAACCUAAGUCAGGUUCGGUGGGGUGAGGAGGUUCGGAGCCGACGAUUAAAGAAAGAAUUCUUAAGACAUCGUUGGUGCAAAAGGUGAUUUAUUAGAGCAUGGGGACAGGGCCCGUGGGCAGGCGGAGAUGCGGCUGCCCCGGGUUGUUAGGAGUGGUUGGUUAUAUACACAGGAGUUGGGUAGGUGAGGACAAAGGGGUGUUCAGAAGGGCUAUUGGGGCAAAGAAUACUAUCAGGAUAUUGAAGGCUUAGUUGCUAUCAAGUAAAGACAAUUGGAAGUCUGGUGGAAUGUUACAUUCCUGCUAUCAAGCAUCCUUGUUAAUGAGAUUUAGGUUUAGAAGAAAUUUAACUUUAUUUACUUUUCCUUCUACCUCCGCCUCCUUCGGUUUUUUAUGGAGGGGAGGGUGAAAUUAGGGCUUGAGGAACUGAGUUCUGUGUCUUUGGAAAUUGGGCUAUUGAUAAGGUAACUUCUUUGUUAUAAUCUCAAGGAAAUUUGCAAACCAAGGGAGACUUCUGUCCUGCAGGAUUGUGAUCUCAGCAAGUUAACUAUUUAUCAUUUUAUGGCAGUCAGGGGUGCCUGAGCAAUGCUACACAUACGGAGGGGAGCGGAUGAAGGGGGGGGGUGCAAGGCGCCAGCUUUUGCUUUGUCCUCAGCCAGCCUCCUGUUUCCUCAUCAAAGCUACCCAGGUGCCCCAAGAAUCCACAUUUCUAACAAGUUCCCAGUUGGUGGUGGUACUGUGCACCGUGUGAGGACUGCUGUCUCACUCUAUUUUGAAAAUAUUGCACAUAUUCUAUAUAUUUUUCCUAUUUCCAUAUAUACUUUUCCAUAGUCUUUUCAUGGCAUUGUUUGAUUCCUUCAGGAUUUACAACUAGGAAAGAAGUUGGUAUCUUUCUUAAAUAUAAAUCUUCACAAAAUAGCAAAGCAAAAUUGCAACUGCCCCUCAGAACAAUGUGUUACUUAAACUAUAACCCCUGGAGGUACGAGGAUACACUUUAGGAGUCAAUUUAUAACUAGUUACCAAGCACAUUUAGAUACGCCCUUAAGAAAAACAUACUGGCAACACGUCUUUGACCGUGAAGCUGGGCAGCUGGGGAUGCCUGGCCCGCCCAGGGCGGAACGCAGCCUGUUUCAGGGAAACCUAGAGAGCACGGGUCAGCUCAGGGUGGAACGAAAUACCGAAAUACGAAAUACCGCCUGCUUCCCUUUUCCGCCCCGUCGCUCCUUUGUCUUCCCAGAAGCGCUAUUGUUAUUAGAUGAGUCCUUUGAAUGUGCUUGGUUAACUAUAAACUUGAUCCUUCUCACUUUUCCACAAGACAUGUGACUAAUGUGUGACCUUCGGUUCUUCUGUUGGCUAUUGUUUCUAUAAAAGUGAGACUGUGGAGUUGCUCGGGACAGCAGUCUUUUCGACUGUUGUCCCCUGCUCCCAAUCUCUUGCA